UAAUUAUAUUCACAUAUUACUAAAUUCAAAUGCAAUUCCUCCUACAUCCUUUUUCUUCUCCGCCCUCUCUGACCAUAUAAACCAACCCAAAACACGCCAACAAUCAUCUACUCUCUACAUUUUCACCAUGUCCAGGUGCUUCAGCUUGGUUCAGACCAAGAACUGGUGCCACAGAUCCGCUUUCUCCAAAUCGGGGCUCCGCUCCACCAUCACUGACUUCAAAGACGGCACCGUCAUGCAUUGCUGGGCCCCCAAGGCCCGAAAAGAGUCCAAGCCCAAUCUACUCCUCAUCCACGGCCUCGGCGCCAACGCAAUGUGGCAGUGGGCUGAUGUCAUUCCCCACCUAAGCCGUCACUUCAACAUCUACGUGCCGGACCUCGUCUUCUUCGGCGACUCCUACACGACUCGCCCGGAGCGGUCCGAGUCGUUCCAGGCUCAGUGCGUGAUGCGACUCAUGGAGGCCCUCUCGGUGAAGAGGAUGAGCCUGGUUGGGCUUAGUUACGGCGGGUUCGUGGGGUACAGUAUGGCGGCGCAGUUUAGUGAGGCGAUUGAGAAGGUGGUGAUAUGCUGCGCUGGUGUGUACAUGGAGGAGAAGGACUUGGUUGGUGGUGUGUUUCCAGUCUCUGAUUUGGAGGAGGCUUGCCGGAUUCUGGUGCCGCAGACGCCGGAUAAGCUUAGGGAGCUGUUGAGUUAUACCUUCUAUAAGCAGCCUCCUAUACGAUUGCUGCCGUCGUGCUUUCUUGACGAUUUCAUUAACGCAAUGUGCACGGAAUGCGUGGAAGAGAAGAGGGAUCUUGUUCGAGCUAUCCCAAAAGGUCGAAAGCUUUCAGACUUCCCAAAGAUCACUCAACCAGCAUUAUUGAUUUGGGGAGAGCAUGAUCAAGUAUUCCCCAUGGAAUUGGGUCACAGAUUAAAAGGGUUUGUGGGGGAGAAUGCUGAUUUGGUGGUGAUCAAGAAAGCCGGCCAUGCCUUCAAUGUAGAGAAGCCCAAGGAAUUCAACGUGCGCUUGAAGUCUUUUUUGGUUGAUUUGAAGACCCCAACUUCAAAACUAGAAAAUCACAAGUGAAUUUGUUUAAGGACACACCAUCAUGCUGUUGCUUUCCAACAAUUACUUUGUUGGGAAUCAAAUGCCCCCACUUCACCAUAAGAGCAUUUUGUAUUCGUAUC